UGGUUGCCUUUCAGUUUGUAAAGAACAUUUUGGCUGAGUAUGGUAUAUUCUUGGAAUAAAUCUAUUGUAUCUGCUUGGAUUCCUUAAAUGAAGUGUUAAACAAAUCUAUAUUGUACCUUCAGAGAGAAGCAUUUAAUAAUGGCUAUGGCAGCCUCCCCUUACGCUUCUACAGAGGAGACAACAAAUGCCUGUAGAACCUGUCGACUUCUCUUGGGUCCGUGUACUGAUCAACUUAGAGGUGUUUUACGUCAUUUUGUACCACCGUCUACAUUCCCACGCGUCAUUAAACAAAAUAUCAGUAAUCGUCCCCGUCUGACAGUACCACAGCUUAAUCUGAUUUUACCAAGAGGUAGUACUUAUACCGGAAACUACGAGGAUAUGGAUAUUCCUUUAUUGUACAUACUACUCCGAAACAUUUGUAGCAUACCGCCACACACCAAUGGUUGGGGAAAUGAUCCAGACCCUACAGACAGAUCUCUCUCUGCCAACAUUGAAAGGAUUCGGAUUGCCAGAAACCAGUGUGUUCAUUCUUCUAGUCCCGCCCUAUCCAAUGCUGAUUUCAACACAAUCUGGUCCACUGUCAGAUCAGCCGUUGUGGACCUUGAUUCUUUCCUACAUAACAGGAAUCAGUAUGAAAGAGAAGUUGAUUUUUUGAGACAUGAGACAAUGGACCCUGUCCGUGAUCUUUACUUCAUCGAAGAACUGAGAAUACAAGCAGCAGAAGACACGAUUACAAGAGAAAGAGUUCAUGGCCUAGAAUGUAAAGUAGAAGAGAUGGCUAAAAAUCAAAAUGUGAGAGAAAACACGAUGUUACAAAUUACGGGCAAGUAG